GUCCGACUCCGGUAACCGGAACGCACACUGGAUUGCAUACAGUCAACACUGUCCCUCCGCGCCACAAACAUCGCCAUGCAAUUGGAGAAAAGCCCCCUUAUUACGAAACUGAAUCAGCGAUUAACUCGCGGCUGGGAAAAAAUCGCUCAUUGAACUUCCCAAUCAGAGUUUAGUGGCGCGGUCGGCGUUGUCUCGAAUUAUUUAAUUAAUUUUGAGCGCUUUCCGAUUUUAUGGGAUCAUAAAAGCGGCCAAUUUAUAGGAAUCAAUUAGCUUAAAGUGGCGGCCGCUUCUCUAUACUUGCAGUGAAAGCGACAUUGUCAGUGAAAAUGUGCUGAAAGUUGCUGCGAUGUCGAUCAUAAACAGCAAUCACGUCGAAAAUCACUGUCCGAUUACGCACAACUCGCCCGGAGCUCACAGAAAACCCAUACGAUUGAAAAAUAUCAUUAGCAAAGCCGAGGCCUUCGAUUCGCUGCAUCUGAGGCCAUGCGAAAACACCGUAUGCAACAACAACGUGUGCCUGGGCAGCAUGAUGGCGCUCCCUUUGCGUAACGAAAUCCGGACCCCCCAGGAGGUCCUGAAGCACGCCAAGGACUUUCUGGACCAGUAUUUCACGUCGAUCAGGCGGGCCAACAGUCCCGCGCACACUUCUCGAUGGGAGCAGGUCCAGAAGGAGGUGGCCGCCACCGGGACCUACCACCUCACCGAGACCGAGCUCAUCUACGGAGCCAAGCUGGGCUGGAGGAACGCCGUCAGGUGCAUCGGCAGGAUCCAGUGGUCGAAACUGCAAGUUUUCGACUGCCGCUAUGUGACCACCACCAGCGGAAUGUUCGAGGCGCUGUGUAACCACAUCAAAUACAGCACCAACAAAGGCAACAUUCGGUCGGCCAUAACGAUCUUCCCCCAGAGAACCGACGGCCGUCACGACUUCCGAGUGUGGAAUCCCCAGCUGUUGAGCUACGCCGGCUACCGGCAGCCGGACGGGUCGAUCCUCGGCGAUCCCCUCAACGUGGAGUUCACCGAGGUGUGUCUGCGGCUGGGGUGGCGAGGGCCGGGCACCAAGUGGGACAUCCUGCCCCUGGUGCUGUCCGCCAACGGCCACGACCCCGACUACUUCGACAUCCCCUCCGAACUCAUCUUCGAAGUCCCCCUCACGCACCCCACAUUGGAGUGGUUCGGCGAGCUGGGGCUCAAGUGGUACGCGCUGCCGGCGGUGGCCAACAUGAUGUUCGACGUGGGGGGGCUGCAGUUCACCGCCGCCCCCUUCAACGGCUGGUACAUGAGCACCGAGAUCGGGUGCCGGAACAUCUGCGACACCCACCGGCUCAACAUGCUGGAGCCGGUGGCCCUGGCCAUGGGCCUGGACACGCGCACGCCGGUGACCCUCUGGAAGGACAAGGCCAUGGUGGAGGUCAACGUCGCCGUGCUGCACAGCUUCCAGGCGAAGGGCGUGACGAUCGUCGACCACCACACGGCCUCCGAGUCCUUCAUGAAGCACCUGGAGAACGAGGUGCGCCUGCGGAACGGGUGUCCCGCGGACUGGGUCUGGAUCGUGCCGCCGUUGAGUGGGUCGGCGACCCCGGUUUUCCACCAGGAGAUGGCUCUGUAUUACUUGAAGCCGUCUUACGAGUAUCAAGAACCCGCGUGGAAAUGCCACGUGUGGAAAAAGGGCCGCGAGUCCGGCAAGAGCAAGAAGCCAAGGCGCAAGUUUCAUUUCAAACAAAUUGCGAGGGCGGUCAAAUUCACGUCCAAGCUGUUCGGAAGGGCGCUUUCGCGCCGCAUCAAGGCCACGAUUUUGUACGCCACUGAAACCGGAAAGUCCGAAAGCUACGCGAAAAAAUUGGUCGAAAUUUUCGGUCACGCCUUCAACGCCCAGGUCUACUGCAUGUCCGACUACGACAUUUCGAGCAUAGAACACGAAGCUCUCCUCCUUGUGGUGACGUCGACCUUCGGUAACGGCGAUCCUCCGGAAAACGGCGAAGAGUUCGCCAAAAACUUGUACACGCUGAAGCUGAGCGAGAACGGAAUUUCGAACGACGACGCCACCAAACUCAGCAUGACCAUGGCUACGUCAAAGUCCUUCAUUAAAGCCAAUAGCCAAAGCGAGAUCGCUACUGCCAAAAAGCUAGACCGCUUGGAUUCGUUGAGAGGCUCUGUUAGCGAACCGUUGCUGGAAGACACUUUCGGACCUCUCAGCAACGUCAGAUUUGCAGUUUUCGCGCUCGGUUCGAGCGCUUACCCCAACUUUUGCGCCUUCGGGAAGUACGUUGACAAUCUCCUGGGCGAACUGGGGGGCGAACGGUUGUGCAAAAUGGCCUCCGGGGACGAAAUGUGCGGCCAGGAACAAGCUUUCCGAAAGUGGGCACCACAAAUAUUCAAAGUUGCUUGCGAAACCUUUUGCCUUGACGACGACGACACUCUUCUCGAAGCCACCAUGACCCUCCAGAGUGACUCCCUGACCUCGCAAACCGUCCGGUUUGUCUCCUCCAAAGCCGAGAACAUCACCACGGCGCUCUCCAAGUGCCACAACAAGAAAGUCCACUCCAGUCGCCUCCUGCGCCGAACAAACCUCCACGGGGAGAAGUCCUCCAGAGCAACGCUCCUCCUUGAGUUCGAAAACAACCUUUCGUACAAGCCUGGCGACCACCUGGGGGUGUACGCCAUCAAUAGACCCGAACUCGUGGACAGGAUCAUCGCCAGGUUGAAAGGAGUCGACGCUCCUGACACCCCCAUCGAACUCCAAAUCCUCAAAGAAACUCACACUUCAAACGGCGUGAUGAAAACCUGGACGCCGCAUGAGCGCCUCCCGACCUGCUCCCUGCGCACCCUCCUGUCCCGGUUCCUGGACAUAACAACGCCCCCAACCCCCAACUUGCUCCAACACUUCGCUUCCAUCGCCACAGAUCAGGAAGACCAGCGCAAGCUGGAACUCCUAGCCACGGACUCGGCCGCGUACGAGGACUGGCGCCACUGGCGCUACCCCAACCUCCUCGAGGUCCUGGAGGAGUUCCCGUCAGUCUCGCCCCUCGCCCCGCUCCUCAUAGCACAAUUAAGCAUCCUCCAGCCGCGGUUCUACUCCAUCUCCUCCAGUCCAGCGCUGCAUCCCCACGAAGUGCAUUUAACCGUAGCUGUGGUAGUUUAUAGGACGCAAGAUGGCGAAGGCCCCGUCCAUUACGGGGUUUGCUCCAACUACCUCCAGGACGUCCCGGUGGGACAGGAAGUGUGUUUCUUUGUUAGAACAGCCCCCAACUUCCAUCUGCCCAGCGAUCCCAUAACCCCCAUCAUUCUAGUGGGGCCAGGGACGGGGAUCGCCCCCUUCCGGGCCUUCUGGCAGCACAGGCUGGCCCAAGUCUUGGCGGGGAAGAAGGUCGGGAAAAUCUGGCUCUUCUUCGGCUGCCGCACAAACGACUUGGACUUGUACAAAGAAGAGAAGAACGAAAUGCUGCGCAGGAAGGUCCUGGAUAAGGUCUUCCUGGCAUUGUCGCGAGAACCAAAUGUUCCUAAAACAUAUGUACAAAAUCUGGCGCUGAAAGAGGCCGACGAAAUCUACAGGAUCCUGGUUUUGGAGAAGGGCCACUUCUACGUUUGUGGCGACUGCACAAUGGCCGAGCACGUGUACCAAACUUUGAAAAACAUAAUUCAGAAGUACGGCGCCAUGAGCGAGAAACAAGCCGAGGAGAAAAUCUUGUCGCUGAGGGAUGAGAACCGGUAUCACGAGGAUAUAUUUGGGAUUACUCUGCGGACUGCGGAAGUGCACAACAGGUCGAGAGAGUCGGCGAGGAUUCGAAUGGCGUCUGAACCUUAACACCACUUAGGUUUAUAAACUUGUUAGUUGUAGACGAUGUUUUUAUAUAAAAUAUGUACAAAAAACGUUUGGAAGAAAAAAUAUCUUCUUGUGACUUUUCUCUACUACUUAUAGCACAGACUCAGAUUAUGCACGAUUAACUUCCAUGUAUUAGGUCUCCAUAUCGUUUUAUCUCGUGGUUUAAAGCUUCUAUAACUCCACAUUGUUGUUGCAAAGGACAAAAUGAAUUACCAUCGAAUUUAUGUAAACAAUGCGAUGUUUCGAUUCAAUAAAAAUGAUUACAGCA